CUGCUAUUGCGUGUUAGACAUACUCUAAUUUAGUACUUAUGCUUUCUGCUUAUGUAUCUCCACCAGGCUAAUAGCCCCUGGAACACAAGGUAAGGCCCCAUCAGAUUCAGUUCUUCCCUCAACACCUACCCCACUGCUCGGCCCAUGAGAGAUGCUCAAAAAAAAAAUGUGCAAAAGAUUAUGUCUUGGGGAAAAGCCAGGUCACAGGCACAAUAAGUGUGAAGAUUGUGCCAUUUCCCCAACUCUCCCCAGCUCUGUGCUCAUGCUCUUUCUUUAGCCUGGACCACUUGCUACCCCGUCCUGAUCCACACCCUACCUUUACUUGCCCAAUCCCAUCUCUGGUUGUAGACAAUCUAGUCAUCCUUGAAGAAUCUUCCUAAAGAUCUGAAUGCCAAAUUAAUUAAUCAGUUGUGGAGUCAAAGCCUGCCUCUACCACUGCCUACUAGGACCUUGAGUAAAUUUUUGUAAUCCUGCUGAUCUUAAUUUUGCUGAUCUGCAAAUUGGGCAGAAAAAUACCUAUCUUUCAGUUUUGAUAUGAGAUUUACAUAAGCAAAUGUAUGCGGAAUGCCAAACACAUAGCAGAUGCUGAAUAAAUGCCUUAAAAUGGCCAUUUCUAAUGGCUCUGGGAAAUUCUCCAUUCUGCAACAAUAUGCAGUCUUCUCGAGACCUCCGCUACGUUCUCUUUUUUUCUCAUCGUUUAUUUAGCAAACAUUAAUAGAGCAUGUUUUAUUUGCCAGACACUGUGCUAGAUGAUAGAGAUACAAAGAUUAGAAGCCAGGCGUGGGUGUCUCACGCCUAUAACUCCAGCACCUUGGGAGGCUGAGGCAGGAGGAUUGCUUAAGGUAAGGAGUUCAAAAAAUAAAAUAAAAUACAAUAAAACAUAAAAAAAAAAUUAGCCAGGCAUGGUGGCAUGCGCCUGUACUCUCAGCUACUUGGGAGUCUUAGCUGGGAGAUCACCUGAGGCCAGGAGUUUGAUGCUACAGUGAAUUAUGACUGUGCCACUGCCCUCCAGCCUGGGUGACAGAAAAAAAAAAAAAAAAAAAUUAGAGAAGGCCUCUGACCUCAUAGUCUAGUGGGGAGCCAGCUUCUUCAGGGAUUUUUCCCUGCCUCACCUCGCCCACCUCAGGCCGUGUAGAAACCCCCAGUCUAACCAGUUGUUUCCCUCCAACUCUGUACAUACCACGGUGUGUUGCCUUUUUAUUUCAAACAUGUGCUGGCCUCUGUUCUAAUCACAGCAACCUGUAUCCAUUAAUCCAUUUAAUCCUCACAACAACCUUAUCAGGUAAGUGUUGUCAUUAUUUGCAUUUUCCAAAUAAGGAAACUGAGGCACAGACAGAUUAAGUAACUGGCUUAAUAAGGUCUUCUAGUUUAUAUGUAGAAGGAGCCAGGACUUGAAAACACACCUUCUGGCUCCAGCUUAAUUAACAUGCUCUGUUUACUUAUCUGUCCCCACUGAAAUUGGAGGUUGAACCCGUGGCAUAUUCAAAUGAAUAAGUAUCGCCUGUGCCCACCCCAAUAUCUGACACUAUAGGUCGACGAUAACUCAUUCGUCAAACAGGAAAGAAGGAAAGAAGGAAGGAAGGAUGGAAGGAAGGAAGGCAGGCAGGCAGAAGUAAAACGAUUCCACAAUGGUUUGGUUGCUCACAUUUACUAAGCAUCAACACUGACCAGCCUGUAAGAUGCGCUAACAGAGCUCACGAAUAAAUGAAGGCCGGGUGUGGUAGCUCAUGCCUGUAAUCCCAGCACUUCAGAGGCCAAGGUGGGAGGAUGGCUUCAGCCCCAGAGUUCAAGACCAGCUGGGGCAAUAUACUGAGACCCUGUGUCUACUAAAAUUAAAAUUAAAAAUUAGCCGGGCGCAGUGGCGCGCGCAUGUAGUCCCAGCUACUUGGGAGACUGAGGUGGGAGGAUCGCUCAAGCCUGGGAAUUCAAGGCUGCAGUGAGCCCUGACCACGCCACUGCACUCCAGCCUGGGCGACAAAAAAAAAUUAAAAUAAAAAAAAGGAAUAAAUGAACAUCUCUGCGGCUCAGAACUUUCAGUUAUCACCGUCGAGAAUUCCAGGCGAGCGUUGCGUUUUCCCGGUUGCGUCUUUUCUCUCACCCCUGUUCCCUUCCUCUGGAAUUCGGCUCCACCUCUUCCUUUUCCUUGGCCAGCCUCUCCGUGGAUUCCGCGGUCCGGGUUUCCCGGGCGGCAGCCGCCGGGAGAGGAUCGGUGCGUGGGAGCGCUCCGGUCGCGACGGGCAUGCGCAGAGGGGGGGCGGCGCACUGCGCAUGCGGGAAGAUGGCGGGCCAGGCGACUUGAGAGCCGCGGGUCUCCCUCCUCCUUUUCCGUCUGCGUCGGGAGCUCCCGGGCACGUGAGGCCGUGCCGCGUUUGCUGGCGGGCGGGACGGCCUAGUCGGGCGGCGCCUCGGAGGAGGCCGCGGACCCGUUAGGUACUGGGCCCUUGGAAAUCGGCGCGUGGGGGGCGGUGCUCGACCUGAGCGCGAGAGGGCGGGAGAGCUCGUGGGGUGCGAGGGGAGCAGGACGCCCGGCCGGGCAGCAUGAGUCAGCAGCGGCCGGCGAGGAAGUUACCCAGUCUCCUCCUGGACCCGACGGAGGAGACAGUUCGCCGUCGGUGCCGAGACCCCAUCAACGUGGAGGGCCUGCUGCCAUCAAAAAUAAGGAUUAAUUUAGAAGAUAAUGUACAAUAUGUGUCCAUGAGAAAAGCUCUAAAAGUGAAGAGACCUCGUUUUGAUGUAUCACUGGUUUAUUUAACUCGAAAAUUUAUGGAUCUUGUCAGAUCUGCUCCUGGGGGUAUUCUUGACUUAAACAAGGUUGCAACGAAACUGGGAGUCCGAAAGCGGAGAGUGUAUGACAUCACCAAUGUCUUAGAUGGAAUCGACCUCGUUGAGAAGAAAUCCAAGAACCAUAUUCGAUGGAUAGGAUCUGAUCUUAGCAAUUUUGGAGCAGUUCCCCAACAAAAGAAGCUACAGGAGGAACUUUCUGACUUAUCAGCAAUGGAAGAUGCUUUGGAUGAGUUAAUUAAGGAUUGUGCUCAGCAGCUGUUUGAGUUAACAGAUGACAAAGAAAAUGAAAGGCUAGCAUAUGUGACCUAUCAAGACAUUCAUAGCAUUCAGGCUUUCCAUGAACAGAUCGUCAUUGCAGUCAAAGCUCCAGCAGAAACCAGAUUGGAUGUUCCAGCUCCCAGAGAAGACUCUAUCACAGUGCACAUAAGGAGCACCAAUGGACCUAUCGAUGUCUAUUUGUGUGAAGUGGAGCAGGGUCAGACCAGUAACAAAAGGUCUGAAGGUGUCGGGACUUCUUCAUCUGAGAGCACUCAUCCAGAAGGCCCUGAGGAAGGGCAGGCUUUCAGUCAAACAGCAGCUCCACUCAGCCAAAGAGCCUGCCCAUGACCCGGCCGGGAGAUUUCCCCUUCUGCACAUCUUGGAGAAGGGAAGGGGCUAGACCUGCUUGACCCAGGCAGUCAAACACCCACUCAACUCAGCCAACAGCCCGCUCCACAAGAGUCAGUCCUCAGUUGCACAUUUCUAAGGACGUCGCCUUUGGACCCAUCUGGCCAGAGCAGUGACUCCAUCUAACCUCGGAACCCAGCUUGCAGCACUGUCCAACAGCAGAUCCCAAAUAGUGGAAAUGCCUGAGCAGGGGGCCAGCAUCCUGUGACCGGCCUGGGCAGAAGCCAUCACAGUGCCCAGCCAGCAGCUCCACUGACAUCCGAACAAAGACCCAGCCAACUGGAGAACCCGACAAGCACUGCGAGCCAGGGUGGUCUUCAGCUGUCCCUUGUAGAGCCACAGGCUGGACGGAGAGGAAGCUUUCACUGACAAAGAAUACCUGUAAUGACCAGAAGAGGGGGCUGUUGCCCACAUGCAGACAACAGCACAAAGACACAAGGAUUACAAAGACUGGGGGAGUCGUGAUGGCUCCAAAAGAAACUAAUAAAGCCCUAAUAAGGGAAGGCUUCCUCCAUUCUCGGACGGGUGCUUUCAGGUACAAGUUAGAGUUCCAGUUUAUUCUUGAGAGGCUGAAAAAAUUAGCCUUAUGCCAUUAACCUGAGAAUACGUGUUCUUGACCAGGCAUCUUCAGGGUUUUCUGAAGUAGUCAGAUUGCGUAUUCUUUUACGUAUUUGCCUGUCAGACCUUCACUUAGGCGUAUUCACUUAGGUGUAUUUCUCUCUCGUGUUCUUUUUCAGAAGAAAAUCCUCAGCAAAGUGAAGAAUUGCUUGAAGUAAGCAACUGAUGGCAUUUGAGAAUUUAUGUAUCACUGAGUUUUUUGGGAACAUCUUCGUGGAGAAUUACGCAUCAAAUUUGAUUCUCAGAGCAAUAAAUCAUCCAUGAAGUGCUCUCGUUCUCAGUAGCGGCAUCAUGGCCAGUAGUGUCUUUGAGGAGUUCACCACGUAGAUUACUGAGUAACUGUGGUUUCCACAUUUGAAAACAACUCCUUUUAUAAUUAUUCACUGCUUUUUGUCAGUGAAAUAGACAUCUUGCCUCCUGAAGUAGCUUCAUCACAGAGUGUCAUGAAGACAGACAGUCGGGCUGAAAUGGACAGUUCUUCGUGGACUCUACCCUUCCCUUCAAGGAGUAUGUCAUAGAUCACAAAAGAAAUUGCCUUACACUGGUUCAUGUUUGCAGUUACUGUUGUACAUUGCAUAGAUGUACACACAAAUUUAAAUGUGAUGUCUUUGUAUAUAUCUGUAUAAUGUUUAGAUUACUUACGAAAUAUGUCUGAGUGACACUUUUCACCCUUGUACAGCCAAAAUAAUGUAUAUAUGGAAAGUGACAGACAAAUUCUCUAAUCUCUUUGGUAUCUAUAACUUAUUAGAAUCCUCUGGAUGAGGGUUAGAAGAGAGUUUUUCCAAACUUCUACAUGUAGAAGUAUCAUAAAUGUGCUACACAUUUAUGUUUGUGGAUUUAAUUAAAGUAUUUUAAUAUGGUUUUCAGUGCUAAAAUUGGAGUCAGAUACUUCUUGGUUUAAGCUGUCUCCCAGCAGAUUGGUGGCCUGCCCAGUGGCUUUGGGGGCAGGGAUAGAAAUGCCAUCAGGAAAUAGCUGAGUUCAUUGUGAAACAUGAAUUCAGUCAUGGUGAUCAUUGGAAACUCCUUUAAGGCUUUUGCAAGUAGAUUUUAUAAUGUUGGUGUAUGCAGCCUUGCUGUUGAGUCAGUCCAAGGGGUUUUACUUAGGACAAGUUGUACCUUUGCCCUCUCUUCAGCUCUGCUCCCACAUUUUCACAUACCUAGCUAUUUCUACCUCAUUGGGUAAGUCAUUUACCACUCUGUGCCUCAGUUUACUCUGUAGUUUACCAUUAGACUGUGAGCUCCUUGAGGGACUUUGUCAUAAUCACUGUUAUAUCCCAGUGCCUCACACCAUGCCUGGCCCUUAAGAAGUGCUCAAUAAAUGUCUGAACAAAUAAGUGAGUGGAGUGAGUGAAUUGUAAGAUCAGAAUAACAAUAUUUGGUUUGUCUAUCAUACAAGAUUCCUGUAUCGUUUGAAUAUUGCUUUUAAAGAAAUAUUUGAAGCGACUUCAAAUUCAGACUGUGUUUAAAAAGAUUUAAAAUUGGAAUCCAAAAUCCAAGUAUUAAAAAAUAAUGCUGAGUGUUUAGGAUUCACAUACCUCUGAGCUCUGGUGGCUUUUGCCAGUCCUGUCCCUCUGCUGAGCACCAGCCCCUUCCUGCAGCAGUCCUGCCGGUGUGUUUCUGUGCACCUGGGGAUGAAGUGUGCUCCUCCCCCAGUGGUUAGCCUCAAUGCUUUUCCUCCCUCUGUUUUAUUAUUUGAAAUUAGCCAAAGAAAAGCUGCAGGGGGCACUGCUGAUCAUCACUGGAUCAGUCAGUCGUACCGCUUGACAGAAUGGCGAAUACAGGAGGAAGAGCAAGCCUAGGAUAAAACUUAGGUUUGGGACAUGCUUGAUGAAAGCAAGAGUUGGGCAGGUUGUUGUGUGUAUGUAGGUCAGGUGCUCAGUGGAAAAGUCUGAGCUGUACAGUAGGUUAGGCAGACGUCAGUUUAGAUGUGAUAGUUUAAACCACAAGAGUAGGAGAGGUAUCUAAAGAGUACAGCAGGCCUAAGGGCAUCUAUAUUUAAGGAGAAAUACAGAAGAAGUCUCCUGAGAAGGAAUAAUGGGGCGGGUGGGGAGGGAGAAGGCAGUGUCCCAAAAACCGACAAAAGGUUUUACCAAAGGUAAUGCCAUCAUUUCUGAGCAGCAGUUCCUUAACUUGUGAAUGUGACAAAUGUUCUCCUUUACAAAUUGUUCUGAAGGUAAAAUGAGAUCAUGUAAACGAAAAUCCUUUGUAAAUUACAGAUGUGUGUUAUAAAUGAAGUAUCUCUCGAGUCACUCCA